CACGAUCGUGUCAAAGAAAAAUAAAGUUAUUUUGUGUUUUAAAGAUUCAAAAGCACAUUAAGUAGUCAACUGGUGAUAAAUGAUGCUUAAAGCUUUGAAUCAUCAUCAUGAAGACAAUUAUUCAUCUGAAAAACAAAUUCGUCAAUGCAUUUAAUUUAAACAGUCAAUCAAGUUCAACUCAACCUAAUCAAGUCGAUCAGCUAUCAACAUUUGACAUUCUUACAUCAAUUCAUGACAAGUUUGUCCUUACAAUUGACAAUAUUGAUGAUAUCGAGGCACUUAGGACUUGCAAAGUUUUAAAAUUUCCAUCAAAUUUCAUUUUCGAGGAUGAUUUAGCAAAAAUAUCUGAACUGGAUGUCGAGCAAUGUCCAAAUUUAUUCAUAUUUACUAUUAAAGUUGAAGAUGUGACAAAAUCGCAAAUUAUUGACUUGCAUAAAUGCUUGCGAGAACUGACUGAAGCACGUCUAAUUAUUCUACAAAUUGAAAUAACGAAAAAUAACUCAAGCACAAUUUACUACAAGAAGGAAAAUGCAGGUUUUGAAGAAAUUGAUCAGUUUGAUGUUGAUGAUCAAUUAUUUAAUGAUUUUCCAACAUUUCUUCAGACCAUUUUUACAUCGAAAAUUAUGAAUUUUGAACAACUGAUGCUGGAAAGAUUACCAAAAGUUACAGAUUCUGCAUUAAUUAUUAGAUUCUUGAGAACAUUGAACAUGUCAAAGAAAUUUUACAAACAAUUAAUCCUUAAGUGUGCAUCAGAAGGAUCCAAAGGAGAUCUUUUAGCUGCGAUUAAUGCUCCAUUAGAAAAAGAUGGAAGAAUGUUAAGUUGUGAAGCUGAAAAUUCGAUAAAAUAUACAAUAUCAAUUAAGGAUGAACAUAAAUCCAGUAAAAACAAGAAUAAAGUAAAUCAAUCUGUCUUGUCAGCAGCUGUUGCUUCCAAAAAUGAACAGAUCAUAGACUAUUUGACAUCAUAUUGUGGACAUUUAAUUCAACAACUUCCAUUUGAGCAUCAAGUUCAAGUUUCAACUGCUGCAUUUAAGGAAAAGCAGUAUGAAGUCUUGUGUGACUUGGUUGAAUUUUGUGACUUUCCAUUUCCUGAGAAUUUUAAACCUGAUCCAACAGAAAAUGAAAGAUUCAACAAAGAAGUGGAAGAAAGAAAGAAAUUUUUUAAAGAUGUCGCUUCAGAUAAGCUUAACAUUGUUGAACUUUCUAAAUUUACUGACAAUAAUCGAAAUCUCAGUAAAGUUUAUAAUUUCGACAAUGAAUCUACUUUAUAUCAUGCUCUUAUUAAGAAACAAUACAAAACCUGCUUUUACCUCAAAUCACUUGGAUAUCAAGCACUUGAAUUUGAUGACAUUAGUCAAAUUAUUGAAGGAGAUGAGCUGAAAAAAGCAAGAAAGAUCGAAAAGGAACAGCGAAGUGAAAAUGUCAAAAAUUCAAUUGUAGACAGCAGAGGUCCAGUUUAUCUUUUAUGGGAACGAUCAUCGAUUCAUGACAGAAAGGCAAAAUCAGAAGACGUAGCAAGAUUUGAAGAGAUUUACAAAAUAUGGUAUAAAGACAUAUUUGCUUCCAAAUUUGGCUCAUCACUUCUUCGUGUUGCAUCAAUGUGUCGACAAUUAAGAAUUGUAUUUGAUUUUAACAGUGAUUCGGUUGAGCAUAUGUCCUUGCAAAGUAGAAACACUUUUGGAUCAAUGUAUCCUGGUAACAGAUGGAUCUUCGUUGGUGCUAAAUUAUCAAGUCCAAAUCGAGAACAGCAAAUUAAAGGAAUCUUAGCACACGAGUUGUGUCACUACGUUAUGAAAUUAACUUAUGAUAACAAUGAGGAGCCUUACUUUAAACACGACAAGGCGAGAAAGGCAAUGUUUAAUGAAAUUGUAAAUAUUUUAGACAGUUGGUCACACAAAAAGAAGAAGGCAGAUGAUAAAUGCGACAAGAUUAUUUCUGGGGUUUAUAGAUAUUAUGACAAAAGUGACUGGAUUGCAGAGUUAAUUGUGAGAGUUCCACAAAUCUUUGCUCAUUAUGCUAAUGAUCCAGAAAAGCUUAAAGAUCUUGAAAUUUUGUAUGCGCGACUCUUUCAAUAUUAUGAAAAAUUUGUGGUUCCUGACUUAGAUGCAUUAGAUUUAGAUGAACGAGAUCGAAUCAGAAAGUUAAAUAAUGAUUUGAAAAUAUUUAAAACUAUUUCAAAGUUAAAUUUUGAGUUUCCAUCGUCGAAAAAUAUCGAUGCAAUUUAUGCAACUGGAACUGAUGUGGUCUUAACGAAUAUUCCAAUGUUUUUGUAUUCAGAACUGAAUAAUCAUCUGCGAGGCGACUAUGGAAACUUAAUUAAUGUCUGGAAUGUUUUUGUAACCUUGCACGAACUUAAUAAUGAUGAAAUGUUUAAUGAAUACUCAGAAAUAAUAGCAAGUGCUAAGAAUCUUACCAUUUUUGUGGACUGUACAGGUCUAGACGAACUAGAUUUGACAAAAAUUGGGUUAAAUGAAUUGAAUAAAUUUAUUUUCAUCUGCUCUAGACAAGAACAAUAUGACAAAGUAAGAAAUAAAUUUAAGCAAAUAAGAUCAGGCACAUCAUUGUCUUCAAAGGACUACGAAUGGAAGGACUUAUCUAAAAAAUCUCAAAAACAUCUGCUGCAAAUUGAGAUUUAUUUUCAAAACAACAAGAUUAAAAUUUACGACAUUUUAUGGAACAAGACAGGCAAACCAUCAGCAGAAGAUGAAGCUAAAAUUUGUGAAGAUUUCAACGAAAUUGUGGAUGCACAGCUUUUAAAAUUAAUGGCUGAGAGCAAGGACGUAUCAAUCCAGACGAACCUUAUUGAUCAUAAGAUCGAUGACAACUUUCACCUAAUCUUCAAAGAUAGAAAUUUCAUCAAAAAUGUCAAGAACCAAAUUCCUAUUAAAAUUCUACAAAAAGAUUUGAUCACAAACACCAAAAAGGAACAGAUUCUUCUAAUCUCAGACAUUGCUGGAACUGGAAAGAGCUGGGCGAUGAAAAGAAUCACAAAAAUACUUCUACAUCAGCACCCUACAAAGUGGAUCACAUACCUGAAUUUACAGCAAUUUAUGAAAGCAUUUGAAGCUCAAAAGAGGAAUAAACUUAAUUUCUUAAACUUCAUGAUUGAGAAAGUUUUUGACGAUAAAAAAAGCUUUGAAUUAAAAAUGUUUAAAUAUCUUUACCAAAAUGGUCAAGCUUGCAUUCUUCUUGAUGGAUUCGAUGAAAUCUCACCAAAUUAUGAGGAAGUUGUGAAGAAAUUGAUUGAAAGUUUUAAUGAAAAUGGUGGAAAUCAACUGUGGAUUGCAACACGUGACUUUUUUCAAGUUGAUCUGCAAAAGCAUUUGAAAUUAAAUGUCUCGUACAAAUUAGCUGACUUUACCGAUCAAGAUGGAAUAGAUUUGAUAAUCAGGAACUGCGUGUUGAAUGAUUUGAUGUCUAAUAAAGUUAAAAUUGAGGAAGACUUCGACAGACAAGUGAAAAGUCACCCAAAAUAUCAAAUUUACGCAAAUGCAGCAAUAAGGUUGCAUAAAACAAUCACAAGCUGGUCCCUUAAGUCCAUCGGUCUACCACAGCUGUACAAAAUGAUAGGAGAUGUCCUUAUAGAGUUUGAAGAUUCAACAGAAGUGCUUACAGCGUAUACUUUGUAUGAUAAAUUCAUUGAUCAUCUCUUCAAGCGAUGGUACUCAGAAAAAGGAAAGUUAAGAGAACAAAAGUGCAUCAAUAAUCAAAAAGAAGACAUGAACUUUCGAGAGCUUCACGAGUUUUGUGCCAUGAAAAGUUUAUUUCCUGAAAACUCUUCCUUUUGUGACCUGGAAUUGGACAAGAUUGCGUGGAAUGUUGAAGAAAUUGUUGGUUGUGGCGUGCUUAAUAAAAAAACUGAAGAUGGAGAUGAGUUCCUGUUCCCACAUGAGACAUACCGUGAAUUCUUUGCUGCAAGCUUCAUCAUUCGAAUCCUUAAAAUGAAGCCUAAGAAAAUCGACUUGGAUGUUCUGAAAUAUUUGAUUAAAUUUUGCUUGAAUUCCAAAUAUCAAGUCAUUCAAAUGUUUUUGUGGAAUGGAUUCAAGGACAUCAAAGCAUUGCCUAACAACAAGUUGAUGAUAGUAAGCACCAAUGUGCCUAAAAUGUUAAAAAUCAAUAUCUAUCAGUAUAUUCAAAAAGAAUAUCGGGAUGUAGAAAAUGCAAAAAAUAUUUUUGUCAUAAAGGACGACAUUUUUGGCACCGAACUGUGGGAAGAUUUCGGAGAUGAAUUUAUAAAAAGUUCAAAUUUAAAAGCAGUUGUAGCACCAUCAGUGGACUUUAAAGAAGAGUUGAAAAAAUUAACAGAAAAAAAAUCAGCAACAAUAAUUAUAAUAGUCCCGUAUACAAGACAAGACAAUCAGCAACAACUCAAAUUAGUACCAAAUUCAGGAAGAUGCCAUCAGCUCAGUCAAGUUCUUCAACAAUUCAAGUUCAAUCCAUCAAUAAUGGAUAUAAAAUAUAGCUGGAAUGAAUUGACAGAGAAAAGUAAGCAUUUAAUCCUCCAAGAUGACUUCAGCAUUCACAAUCAUACGAAUUUGACUCUUUAUGAGCUCUUGACAGGUGAAGUUGACAGCACUCAUGGCACAUCAACUUUAAAUGACUUUUCAAAAACUGUAGACACUGAAAUUUUGGAAAUCAUAGCAAACAAGUCUCAAAUUAAAAUCAAUAAGAGUUUAAAGUACGAUAUGGAGUCUAAGUCAUUCCAGCUGUUGUUUGAACCAAGAAGUUUUGUAAAAAUUACCAAAAGUAGUAACAAUGGAUGUAGUUUUGAUAACUCGAGUGAUGAUAAAACCUCUGAAAUAUCAAAAGAUGAACUCCUAGUUGAUGUAGAGAACAGACAUUAUGUUCUGAUAUCAGAUGUUGCUGGAACUGGAAAAACUAUGGCUGUGCAAGAGAUCACCAACACCCUACGACUCAGAUACCCCAAAAAAUGGGUCACAUAUGUUAAUCUUAGCUUCUCAUCAACAGAGUUUGUCUACUGUUCAAAACCCUUGGAAUUUUCAACAUUUUGCAUUGAAAAGCUUUUUCAAAUUGAAUCACAUUUAAAGAUCAAGGAAUGCUUUAUGAAUCGCUACAAUUCAGGCAAUGUCAUCUUUAUUUUUGAUGGAUAUGACGAAGUUGCUAAUCCAAAUAUUUUAAGCAAUCAACACUUAUUAUCUCAAAUCUUCUUAAGCUCAAUCAAAUCAUUCGAGUACAAUGGUGGAAAUCAACUGUGGAUUGUGACUAAAGAUCAUAUGGAGGAAAUAUUAAUGAAGGAACUAGAAAUUGACACUGUCUACAAGAUGGGUGACUUUAGCAAUGCUAAUGGGACAAAAUUGAUGGCUAAGUUUGGUAUUCUAAAGAAUAUAAAAGCUAAAGAUGAUUAUGAAUUGGAGAAUAAGUUCAAAGAUAUUAUCAAGAACACUCUAGACCUUGAGUAUCACAAACAUCUUGCAAGUCAACUCGUCGAAAACAUUUCAAUAAGCAAAAACUCAAAAUUUACUUGUGUGGCAUUCAGCAUACUUGCUAAGAACUUUGACAAUAUUCUCAACAAGAAGAAAUUUGAAAUAUUUACAAACCAAGUCGUCAGUCAUUAUAAAUUGUGGAUCAACUUUAAAUGUGAAGCUGUUAUUGAUCGAAGUAUUGGAACAGAAGCUCAUCAGAUAAAUUAUUGGAACAUCCAUCAUUUUUAUGCAAUUAAGAUUGUGUUCCCUGAAUUUGUGGACUUACUGUUUCCUGGAUAUAAUGGAAGUGAAUGGUUGGAUCAAAAUUUAAUCCUUUGUGGCUUGAUAAGUAAGAAAAAUGGGCAGUUUUAUUUCCUGAAUGAGACAUUUUGCGCCUUUUUCAUUGCUGACUUUCUAAAUAAGAAUUUUCUUAGCACUGAUAUCGGAAAUAAAUUGCCAGGUAAAGGAACCAAACAUAAAGUGCUUCCAAGCACCAACCCUGACAACAUAAAAAUUGAUCUUUUGAUGAAGAUUCUCCCAAGCCAGGAAUACAAACUUAUUAGAAUUUUCCUGAAUGACGUCAUUGACAUCUCAACCUUAGUGAAAAUAAAACCAAACCUUCAAAAAUUCAUUGAGGGAUUCGACAAAAUGGACAAUUUUUCGGAACUAUUCACAAAUGAUCUUGAAGAUCUUGCUGAGUUCGUAAUUGUCAUGCUUAAGCAAGGAAGUUACAAAACUGUAAAAUCAAUUCUUUUUGACAAUUCAGUAGAUAUUUUGAGUAAUGCAAGGAAUACUAAAAUAUUUCUUAAGUUUCUAGAUUUGCUGUUGGAUUUCUUGACAACUGAGGAUUUAAAAGACUUAUUUGUUAAUAGAAAAUUGUUGAAAAAUAUAAAUUAUUCUAAAUUAGAACUUAAUGGUGAAUUGCUUGCAGAUUUCAAAACUAAAGUUCAACAAAAACUCAAACUCGACAUUGACUUGUAAAUUUGACAACAUUUGAUCAAUAAUUAAUAUUAAUUUCAAAUCUAAGCAUUAUAGCUUGAAUUAUUCAAUUAUUCCCCAAUAUUAUAGACUAAAUCAAUAGCCAAUAAAAUAAAUUUUUAAUAU